AAGUCCGAUAAAGAUGUUUGCUUCCGUUGGCUGGAAUAAACACAAUGGACAAAAUGAAAAUUUCAGACAACUUAGAACUCAGUUUCAGUGAUACUCAAGCCCUCAGACACUUGUUGGCUUGGCCAUCGUGCGCACGUUUUCGACAAGAACCGGUCUUUCGAGUAUUUUCAGAUAUUUCAUCGAUUUAUUGCCAAGUUUUUUUAAUAUUAUUUCCGCGAUUUUAAUCUCAGCAUGGCUGGUAAUUUAGCCCUCCUAAGUGUCUCUGACAAAACGAACCUCCUUCCCUUCGCUAAGAAGCUCCACGAAUUUGGAUUGACACUGGUAGCCUCAGGAGGAACAGCGAAAUCGCUGAGAGAUGCUGGUCUUCCAGUCAAAGAUGUCUCCGAUAUCACCGGAGCCCCAGAAAUGUUGGGGGGACGAGUGAAGACCCUCCACCCAGCAGUUCACGCUGGGAUCUUGGCGAGGCUUUCUGACUCCGACAAGGCAGAUAUGAAUACCCAACACUUCGACUACAUUCGUGUUGUCGUCUGCAAUCUCUACCCCUUCGUCAAGACCGUUAGCAAGCCUGACGUUACAAUCGAUGAUGCAGUCGAGAAUAUUGACAUCGGCGGUGUGACAUUAUUGAGAGCUGCCGGCAAGAAUCACGCUAGGGUCACCGUUAUCUGUGACCCUAAUGAUUAUGAAAAGGUCAUUGGUGAAAUGGAAUUAUCUUCUGGUAAAGAUACCUCCUCAGCGACGAGACAACUGUUGGCGUUAAAGGCUUUCACCCACACAGCGCAAUACGACGAGGCUAUUUCGGACUAUUUCCGCAAGCAGUACAGCUCGGGACUGUCCCAACUCUCUCUCCGUUACGGUAUGAAUCCGCACCAGAAGCCUGCCCAAAUAUUCACCACCCUGGAGAAGCUGCCCCUGACCGUGGUGAACGGUUCUCCAGGGUUCAUAAACCUCUGUGACGCCCUGAAUGCCUACCAACUCGUGAAAGAGCUGAAAGGAGCCCUGAACCUUCCAGCAGCUACAUCGUUCAAGCACGUCAGUCCUGCUGGAGCAGCUGUGGGAGUGCCUUUGGACCCAGUGCAGGCGAAGCUCUGCCAAGUGGACGAUCUUCUGGAUCAGCUGACGCCGCUGGCCACUGCCUAUGCCCGAGCUAGAGGUGCUGACAGAAUGUCCAGUUUCGGAGAUUUUGUGGCACUAUCUGACACCUGUGAUGUUCCCACAGCUAAAAUCAUCUCCAGAGAAGUCUCUGACGGGAUCAUUGCACCUGGCUACACCCCCGAGGCUCUCGAGAUUCUCAGGAAAAAGAAAAAUGGCGGCUAUUGUGUUCUGCAGAUCGAUCCUGACUACGUUCCCUCACCACUGGAACGUAAAACACUUUUUGGACUGACGAUGGAACAGCCCAGGAACAAUGCAGUUGUUGACAAUAAGACAUUCAGCAACCUAGCCAGCAAUAACAAGGAUCUGACUGACGCUGGACGCAGGGAUCUCACGGUAGCUAUGAUCGCAGUCAAGUACACGCAGAGCAACUCUGUCUGCUAUGCCAAGGAUGGACAAACGAUUGGCAUUGGAGCUGGACAGCAGUCGAGAAUUCAUUGCACUAGGCUCGCUGGGGACAAGGCGGACAACUGGUGGCUUAGACAGCAUCCCAAAGUCACGGGAAUGAAGUUCAAGAAGGGAGUUAAGAGGGCGGAGAUCUCCAAUGCCAUUGAUAAUUAUGUUAAUGGGUCUGUGGGGAAGGACAUGGACAGGAAACAGUGGGAGGCCUUCUACGACGAGGUCCCUGAGAUGCUGAAGGAGGAGGAGAGGGUCGAGUGGAUCAGGAAGCUGGAGGGUGUUGCCAUUGGGAGUGAUGCUUUCUUCCCGUUCAGGGAUAAUGUGGACAGGGCUAGACUUAGUGGAGUAAAAUACAUCGCGAGUCCAGCAGGGUCCACCAACGAUCACGUAGUCAUCGAGGCCUGCAACGAGCACAACAUCAUCCUGGCCUAUACAGAGCACCGCUCCUUCCAUCAUUGAUCCGUGUUCAUAAAUUUAAUGACAACUAUCACUUACUAAUGUGUAUUUUUUAUACGGUUGUUUAUUAAUAACAACAUUUCUAUAUUCUGAAUUUUUUUUGAGAUGUUGGACAUAUAUAAAAAUAUAACAUCAAACUUCGUGUAAA